UAGCCGAGGGCGGGCAGCGCUGCUGGGGGAAAUCAGGUGGGGAAAGCUUAAAAUUAGAAGUCCAGCGCAAUAAUUGAGCAGGCAGGCCCCCUCCUAAUCACUGCCCUAAACAUGUGUGCCGGGCCGAGGUCAUAAUCGAUGCACGGAGGAGGAUGCCGCCGCAGCUGAGGCGAUUGAUAAUAUAAAAGCAGGCGGAGACCGCCGGCCCCCUCUGGCCUCGCUGCUCCCCCGUUCCUCCCCCACAUGCCCUGCCCUCGCCCGGCCCUGCCCUGCUGCGCCCAAAGGUGAUUGAUUGGUUGCUUUGCUUGCUUCGUUUCAUGCUUUCUUCCCCCCUCUUCCUUUGCUCCCAUCUACCACCGAUCCAAAAGCUAAGAUUCAGCUUGUGGGACCCAUCUGUUCAUCUGUCUACUGGUAUCUUAGCGCCAGAUUGGGAGUUUGUGUGCCUGCUAUCUACCUGUGGAUCCAUCUGUCUGUGCGGAACGAUGAUUGAGCUGAAUCUCCCCGUAAUCAAUUAGCGUAGCUGCAUUGGCGGGGGAGAAAGCGCGAGAAGCGCAGCAGCAAUGGCGGAGCAGGCGAGCGCCGGAAGGUACUGGUGCCACAUGUGCGCCGCGGUCGUGAGCCCCGCGGAGGGCGAGGCGGAGAUGAAGUGCCCGCUCUGCCACAGCGGCUUCCUCGAGGAGAUGGAGACCGCCCGUGGCGCGGCCGUGGCCGCGGUCGCGACCGACGACGGUGACGGUGACGGCACGGUGGCUCAAGUGUAUUCCGGCGGCGCCGACCGCCCGAGCUCCAUCUGGGCGCACGCCAUCCUCAGCACGGUCGACAGCUCCGUCCGCCGCCGCCGCAACCGGCGGCAGCAGGAGGCCGCCGGCGACGUCUACGACUGGAACGACCCCGAGUUCUCGCUGCGCCGGCGGCGCGUCACCGCGUUCCUGCGGCUCCUGCACGAGCUCCGUGACCGCCAGCUGCAGCGCCUGGAGGCUGCUGCCGGCGUCGCCCUCGAAGGCGACCAGCUCACCCCUUUCGGCCGGAGCCUCUUCAUCGGCGCAGCUGGCGGUGGCGGCGGCAGCGAGCAUGGCGUGGCGCUGGGCGACUACUUCCUCGGCCCUAGCCUCGACGCACUGGUGCAGCAGCUUGCCGAGAACGACGCGGGGCGGCAGGGGACGCCGCCGGCCAAGAAGGAGGCCGUGGAGGCAAUGCCGAUCGUGGAAAUCCCCAGUGGCAACGAUGACGACACGGCCAGCUGCCCAGUCUGCCUGGAGGACUACGCCGCCGGCGAGCGCGCCCGCGAGAUGCCCUGCAGGCACAGGUUCCACGCCAAUUGCAUCGUGCCGUGGCUCGAGAUGCACAGCUCCUGCCCUGUCUGCCGGUUCCAGCUGCCGGCCACCGAUGACAAGAGCUCAUGCAGCAGUGGCAACGGCGGUGGUUUUGUCAGUGUCGAUGCAGAUCGUGAAGGCAAUGACGACGGCGGUGGUGAUGGUACUGGUAGGGCAACCUCUCCUCCAGGCAAUGCCGAGCCAGCUGAAGCCGAAGAGAGCGGCAGGCGGUUGCCGCCAUCCUUGCAGUGGCUCAACAGCCUGUUCUCGCCGUCGGCGCAGUCCUCCGGUAGCGGCAGCAGCAGUUCGCAUCAUUGGGAGAAUUGAGCAACAAUGCAAUGCCAAUAUAUAACGAUGGAUGGUUGCUGCUGCUUGACACCUUGAGCCCAUUGGUGCCAAUGUACAUAGGAAGGAGCAGGAGCAUGCCGGGUUGCUGCCAUGAAAAUUUGGAGCCUUUUUUUCAGUGUUAGUUUGGCUCAUGUAAUGUUCUCUCUGAUACAGUUAUCAUGGUUGUAAAAAGAACAGAAAUUGGCAAGUGUAUGAACUUGCUUCUUUGCCUCUUGCGUGAA